GCUUGGAAGAGGCGGAACAGGAUCAACCUGUUGGACUUGGAUAAGUGCUGCAGCUCCUAGGUGUGAGUGCCAGUUGGAUGACAGGGACAUGCUUUCCAUCAAAGUCGGAAACAAAAUGGGACGGAAAAACUCCAACUAUGGAAGAUGGAUCCUGAGGGCAUCAAUGGUGUUGUUGCCAGUACUGAUUAUAGUUAUUGUCCUCCUGCAGCUGAACACCAACCCACUCAAAGUUCUAAGCAGUGCAGACUUGGAGUUUGCCGGUGAACCCACCAAUAAACACGUCAAGAAGUCCGCUGGACCAUGUUCUCCAAGGAAAGAGUGUCCAGAAGAUCAUUUCAGCUUCAUUGUCCAGAGCGGAGCUGCCAACGUGGUGGCCCCAAAAAUCUGCAUUGAAAACGACCUGGUUCUAGGAACUGUGCUGAACAAUGUGGGAAUUGGAAUAAACACCGUGUUGGUGGAUGGUAAAACAGGAAAAGUUCUGAAGACAACAUACUUUGAUACUUACAGUGGUGAUGUGAAAUAUAUCAUCGACUUCUUGAAGGAAAUGAAACCGGGUUCUGUGAUUCUGAUGGCAUCCUUUGAUGAACCGUCCUCAAAGUUAAAUGACGAAGCCCGGAAUUUAAUUGCUGAACUGGGAAGCUCGUCAAUCCAGAAACUGGGAUAUCGAGAUAACUGGGUUUUUGUCGGUGCGAAAGGAGGCUUGGUGAAGAGCAGCUUUGAGAAGUAUAUAAAGAAUGACAAACCAAAUAAUAAAUAUGACAACUGGCCAGAGCUGAUCGACCUGCAGGGCUGCUUCCCCAAAACCCUGGAGUGAAACCUGCAGAGCAGAAGCAGACAAACUCUGGAGCAGCAUCUGACUGAAAAGGGAAAGGAUCUUGGUAAAACACUGAGAUCUGCUUCCUCCUGUGAACUGCUGGUGAUGGCUGUGGGGAGGGGUCAGUUUUCUUUUUUUGUGGUGGAGGUGGGGUUUCAGAUGUCUGCUAUUGAGAGAGUCCUUGCAGCUUCCGGGGAGAACGGAGUCCUCUGCAGGUUACCAGCAUCCCGCUCCAGGAUUUCAUCCUGAAAAACAGGUUGAUCUGCAGAUGCUGUUGCAUCAACCGCCGUCCUCUUUUGGGCUCCAACCUCAGCAGAAAACGCAAACAGGAGUGAAGGACAAUGACUUUGUAAACCAGAAAAUCUGAAAACACGUAAACCCUCUUCCCUACCUGUUUUUUUUACAUGGUAAAAUGAGGUGUUUUUAAAUGUUUUAUAGAUGGUAUCUCUACACAGGGCAUUUCAGGGAGAAUAGAUUAAUUUAUUUAUUCAUCCUCACACAGAGGAUUCAGAGAAAGGAUUUAUAAAGAGUCUUGUUUCUUUAAAAUUAAAAAGUCUACAAAAUAUUUCUUUUUAAUAUUGUUGUAUUUGAAACAAUAAAAGUUUAAUGUUUACAAACUGCG